AAAGGUGCCAAGAAGCUGGGACGAGGGAACGUGGGUGUAAAUAGGCAGUGAACACGCUUAGUCUCUCUCUCGCUCUCCCUCUGUCUUUCAGCCUCCCCUUCCUCUCUCUCUCUCGCUCGCUCUUUCGCUCCCUCACUCACUCUCUCUCACUCACUCUCUGUUUCCUCUCUUUUAUUAUAUCAAUGAACGACUUUCUGAGUAGGACUUAAACACAAGGAAUCAAAAGACUCCAUCGGGACCAAAACGGCAUCACGCGUUUCUGCUAUGCGACUUGGCCGCGCGCUACAUGUGUUUUCACAUCCAUGUAAAUAUUGGCUUUGAUAGGACGAGAGCCCAAUCAGCUCUGGUGCGGCUUGCUUUCGGACGCGAAUUUUGACCAAGACUUGCGCCUUGCCUUUUCAUUCGCCACCGCUCAUAUUGCCAUCUGCUGCUGUUGCAAGCCACCCUCAACUCGCUGGCCGGUCCGAACGACGAUGGCAACUUUAACCAACGGGCAGGUGGACGCCACGGUGCACGGGGUCGGUGUCGGGGUGGUCUCCGCCAGCAACGGGCUAGUGAACGGAUUAAGCCACAACCACAGCCCGGCGGGCUGCCCGGCCACCAUCCCCAUGAAAGACCACGAUGCCAUCAAACUCUUCAUCGGUCAGAUCCCCCGCAACCUGGACGAGAAAGACCUGCGGCCCCUCUUCGAGGAGUUUGGCAAGAUCUACGAGCUGACGGUGCUCAAGGACCGCUUCACGGGCAUGCACAAAGGCUGUGCCUUCCUCACCUACUGUGCCAGGGAGUCCGCCCUGAAAGCCCAGAAUGCAUUGCAUGAGCAGAAGACCCUCCCGGGGAUGAACAGACCAAUCCAGGUGAAGCCAGCAGACAGCGAGAGCCGAGGAGAAGACAGAAAGCUCUUUGUGGGCAUGCUCAACAAGCAGCAGUCGGAAGAUGACGUGCGACGCCUUUUCGAGUCCUUCGGUGGCAUCGAGGAGUGCACCAUCCUGCGAGGUCCUGAUGGCAACAGCAAAGGCUGUGCAUUUGUAAAAUACUCGUCUCACGCCGAAGCUCAGGCGGCCAUCAGUUCACUACACGGCAGCCAGACGAUGCCUGGUGCCUCAUCCAGUCUGGUGGUAAAGUUCGCAGACACGGAUAAGGAGCGCACCAUUCGCCGCAUGCAGCAGAUGGCUGGUCAGAUGGGCAUUUUCAACCCUAUGGCCCUGCAGUUUGGAGCCUACGGAGCCUACGCUCAGGUGCAGCAGCAGGCCGCAUUGAUGGCAUCUGUAGGCCAGGGGGGUUACCUCAGUCCGAUGGCUGCCUUUGCUGCUGCCCAGAUGCAGCACAUGGCCACCAUCAAUGGCCUCCCCGGAGCACCGCUCACGCCCACGUCGGGUGGCAGCACUCCUCCAGGCAUCAGUGCCCCCACAGUGACCAGCAUCCCUUCCCCUAUUAGUGUCAAUGGUUUUACUGGGAUGCCGCCUCCUCAAGCAAAUGGACAGCCACCUGCAGAGGCCGUCUUCACCAAUGGGAUACACCAUUACCCAGUAUUGCAAGAAGUGGUUUUUAGGGAGGACUCUGAGAAAAAUGGCUUGGGUGUUGCUCCAAGGAGUUGUUUCGGAGUACAGGGUGGCUGCUUUCUCUCUUCUCUAUCUGAAGCAGCUCAAAGUCCCACUGCAGCUGAUCCUCUCCAGCAGGCUUACACGGGAGUCCAGCAGUAUGCAGCAGCCUACCCUGCCGCAUAUGGCCAGAUCAGCCAGGCUUUCCCCCACCCACCAACCAUCAUCCCACAGCAGCAACGAGAAGGGCCAGAAGGUUGCAACCUGUUCAUCUACCACCUCCCUCAGGAGUUUGGGGAUGGCGAACUGAUGCAGAUGUUCCUGCCAUUCGGUAAUGUCAUCUCCUCCAAAGUGUUUGUGGAUCGAGCGACAAACCAAAGUAAAUGCUUUGGCUUUGUAAGCUUCGAUAACCCGGGCAGCGCCCAAGCUGCCAUCCAGUCAAUGAACGGCUUCCAGAUCGGCAUGAAAAGACUCAAGGUGCAGCUGAAGAGGCCGAAGGACGCAAACCGCCCUUACUAGCCCCGGCCCCAGCAAGCCGCUGCCAUCCACGGUGGCCGGGGUAGCUGUCGCACACAGUGGAAGACAGGUUUUGUAGAGCUGAAUUAUAUGUUGAUUAUUUGCUACCCGCUGUAGAAUGCAAACUCAACAUCUGGAACACUGCUUCAGAAGGAAAGGACAUCGAGAAAGCAAGAAGGCCUUGUCAGAGUCAUGGAAAAUUCCUUUUGGAUGUACGAAAAACUUGAAAACUCAGUGAGAAUUUGUACCACCUCGGUUUGCCCCUGGACCUUUUCUUCUUCACAUACAGUAUAUACACACAACCACAAACACACACACGCACACAGACACACACACAUCCUUCCACUCGGAACCCUGCUUGAAUGACAGCUACCUUUUUUUGGACCACACAAACUUUUACUUGAACAAUGACGGGGAAAAAAAGUCACAAACACUUUGAAUGACCAACCCCGAUGAACUCUUAAAGGGAACAACGGCUGUCAAAAAGUCCAACAAGAACAGUGUAAACUUUUUAAAAACUGAAUUGCUGAAGGAGAUAUUUUUCUUUGGUCUGGUUUGCGUUUCGGGCCGGUUGACUUGACACACAGAGGAACAAAUUCCAGAAGAGAGAAUAUGAUAUUAUCAGGACAAAGAAUUGGCUCGGGUUUGGGAUGACUGUCUUUAGCUUCGGAGUGCCUGUCCGUUUCCAGGGGAUACCAUUGCCAAGGAGAACCAUAGCAACGGUCUCCAGGGAGUCUUACCUGUCAUUCCUUAGUUGUUUUAGGGACCAAAUGACCAAACAUUUUUAUUGCUGAGGACUUGUAGUUCUAAUAUACUUGGACCACUGCAACUCUUUCAGCCAAUCUCAACUGGCUCAAGAGUUGUCCUAAAAAGAAGUGUACAUUUCCAAUAUAUAUACAUACAACACGUGUGUGUGUGUGUGUAUAUAUAUACAUAUAUAUUGCCAAUAUGCUUUUGGAAUACAGGCAAAACUAUUUCAGAUGACCAAAUGGGGUCUCUCACUUUGUUAGUUUACAAUCACCCCAAUUUUUUUUGUUAUUUGUUUGUUCUCCUCAUUUUGUCUUGGGAGGGACAGAGAGUGCAUGGGAGGGGCUGCUCCGCAUCACAGCCUUAUCUUUUUUAACUUAACAUCCUAACCUCAUAGAUAGAAUAACAUCAGAAACCUUUGAUCUAUAUGAACUUGUUUAUAUUUGCGGUACAUAUAUACAUACGUAUAGCGAGCGUUAAAAAAAAAUGUAUUCAUAUAUACAGCAUAUAUGGAUCAACAAGAUAUUAAUCACAAGCAAAUACAUAUGUACUUAUAUGCACAUAUUUGAUAUAUGUGUGUGUGUGUGUAUAUAGAACAGCUACUGACUAUGUUGAGCUGUUGUUUUUAUUUAUUUUGGGGUAGGGGGGAGUAUUUUUGCUGGAGUUUGACACAUUGCUCUGCUUGGGAUGAAUCGCAAAUCUGGCAGCUCCCCAAAACUGCAGGCAUUCCUUUUUCUGAUUACCUACUGUAUAUGCUGACACACCGUAUAUGGCACUGCUAAAGGGAUACGUGUGUGUGUGGGAAUGCACAUGAUACUGUAAAUAUUGUCUGAAAAUGCAAAAAGCCACAUCUCGGUAGCAGGCUUCAAGAAAAAAAAAAAAAUCAGGCUCAAGUAUUUUAGAGGAAAAGGACAAUUAUCUUCGAGUCGAUUCCAAACAUAUCUGUUAUGCUUUGCACGCGCGAGCGCACACACAUACACACACAAACGUCUCUUUGAAACUUGAACCAAAAUGAAAACGUCUCGCAACUCUAGCUCUCUCUUGCAUUCAGUAAAAAAGUGCAUGUAGCGUACGGGCUGUCACUAUGUCUGGGUGUGCCUUGCCACCUGCAGAAUCUGCCAUCAAACACUGUGCUCUCGCCAAAAUUAAAGAAUAGAAACCACACAUACUUUUGCAAGCAGCCAGCGCACUAUUAUGAUGUCAAAACGCCGCCAUAUCUCUCAGCUGUGUAGUGAGGUUCAAUGCAUGUCCACUAUCGCUCCAUCCAUGUCUUUGAGCUAUAUUCUACUCACAUGAUGCUUUAGAUCAAAGUGAGCAUUAUUCAAACAUGCGAGCACAGCUACUAACUAGCAAAGCUGCAAGUGAGGCACCUGUGACGAAGUCAAAAUUAGGCUUAAUGUGAGUUUGUAGGCUUAGGCAAUAAAUGGCUUGAUCAGCGACAAUUCUUGGCAUGAAGCAUAUCCUUGAGAGCAGGGGUCGCCAAUACUCCCGAGCUACUGCUAGAGCUGGCAAAAAGGUCAAAGAAUAUUUGAAUAUAUCUACUCUGCCAUGGUUUAGGAUAAACUAUCGCCUGUCAUUGAAAUCAUUGGGUGGAGAAUAGUAAUGACAAUUCUGAGGGCCCACGAUCAUUUUCAAUUUGCAUCAUUGAGGCUCAAAAUCUAUUGGUUGCUGUAAAAGAAAUUUUAAAAUAAAUGGGGAUACUCAAGGCAUCGGUAUCAGUGCAGUUUUCAGCCUCAUUUCAAGCUAUCGAUACUUGUGACGGUUGUGGCUGUUUUACGGUUAGGAAUUGGAAAUUAGAAGAACAGAACAUUGUCAAUAAUUUCAUGCAAUUUGAAGGAAGACUGCUAUAUUGGGAUAUGUAGGUCUUUGAAAUUAUCCAUCAUUGUUUUUAGAGGGGAAUUGUAAGUACCAAAAGUUCUUGCGGUAUCAGUACUUGGUAUCGGUGUUGAAUAUCGGACCGCUAUCAGUCUAAAACAAAAGUGGUAAAAACAAAUUAGAAAGUCUUUGAGACAACUUCUGCAUAUUCCUUCUUCAAACCAUUUCAGACAAAAAUUUUUAUUUGAUUUUUUUGCUAAAAAGCCCUUAGUUUUAUUUGAAGCUAUCAUAUUAAACCAAAGUGGUUUCUGGCUGUUUUUAUUUUACUUGGGAAGCUGCUCACAUAGACAUGAGAGAGGACGGAGACCCCUGCUCUGAGAAAAUGCUACCUUAUCUAAAUCUCAACCUUGUCUAAAUCCUUAAUACAAUAAAAUAUCAAAUGGAAAGCGUAGCAAUAAGUGUGGCGGGGAUAAAAUGUUUAUCCAUCAUAGUGACUGUACCAUUAAGGUCGGCUUCGUAUUACUUUAGAAUACAAUUGAAGGUAACAGUAAAAUAUAGAAUACGUACGAAAGGUCACCAGAGUUAUUGGCCAUGCAGCUGCUGGAGAUUACGCACUGAAUAUUUAUACAUGUGAAUUUUUAUAAGGCUAUGAGGCACUGGGAGGCAAUGCUUCCUGUUAGCUGGUGUUACUAGUUUGGUGUUAGUUAAGCUCAAUUGAUUGAACAAUUGACUUUUUACCUGCCAAAACCAAUGAGGCUAAAUUAUUUCGUUCGACUUCCGAGGACGCCCAGGCGCGGCUUGGUUGCGCUGGUAAUACUGUCCCGAGCAUGGCAAGGACCAUCGUGACCAAGCAAAACUGACAUCUUAAACUCAAUCAACUGAAUGUGUGGUGAGCCCGCUUUGACUGCAAUGCAAAAACAAAAAGCGUGUUGACGUGGAGUUCUCUGAGCCACAUGUGGUAGAAUGCCAAGCACAUCAUCUUUAUUUGCCCACAACUGUAAGCCACACGUUUACAAAAGGAAAAAUGUCUAACGGUUUAAAACAACACCGGACAGAGCAGAAGUCUGAAUAUAAAUAUAUAUAUAUAGAUAUGUAAACAUAAACCAAUGAAUAUACUGUAAAUUAUUUCUUUUUUUGCUCUGUUCUCCUCUGUACAUAGGUUUGCAUAUUUUAUAGGACUUUUACUUCUAUCUACAAGGACUGGAUAAAGUACUUUAAAUACUCCAAAAAAAUAUAUAUGAAUGAAAACAUGGUAAUGCUCAUUAAAACCAGGUACAAAAAACAAAAAAAGGUUGCUAGGAUACAGUGCGAAAUGUAGGACCUGACCAAGGCAUUUAUCCAGAAAACAGUCAGGGACAGCAUUGACCUCAGUUAGAGCUUAGACACACGUUGACCUAUUUUAUAACAGAAAUACUUUCAUAGGUUCUAUUCAUUUCUGUAUUUAUUUACAAGUCAUGUCUGAGAUGAUAUGCAUGCUUUCAUGGCAUUAUUUUUCUAUGAGUUGGUACGUGACCAAAUAGUUUUUUAUAUGACAUGCAUGGGCCACACUACUCUUGUGGUCCACAAAUGAUCAUUGUUCCUGUCGUCAGGACCGCGCCUUCAGCACUUCUUAGAAAGAUGGAGAAAACAGCUCCUAUUGACCAAGUGAUGUCAAAGACAGAUUUGAAUAUUUGUGUUGUAUUUAUUUAUUUAUUUAUUUAUUUAUUUGUGCCGUUUGACUCAAGAUCUGAGCUCUAUUUUUGCCACCGAGGGGUCUUGCUUAAAAGUGCCACUUUGUAUUACCAUCACAUUACCUCUUCAUAUGUUGCAAAUCUAAAAAAAAACAUUGAUUAUUCAAUUCCCUGUUUCCCAUAAACAUCGGAAAGCAGUCAGCUACCGUGUUUCGAAGCCUUAUGUACAUUUCUGUUUAUAACUUACGGAAGAUAGCUUCGUUGGUUUAAAGGGGAACUAUGACGAUUUCGCCGACUUAUACUUAUGCAGUAUAUUGUAAAUAAUAGUAAUGUGCAUAUCAAACCUGGUUUCGAUCUUAUCAGAGUAAAAAAUAUAGAAUCAGAAAUGAGUAUAAUAGGUUCCUUUUGAAAAAUGCAAAUUAAAUGAGAAGUCUUCUAAUGGGUUUGUUUUUUUUAUUUCUUUUUUAUGUAAUGUAAUCUCUAGUUUAGUGCUCCCUCGUUAACUAACUGUACAAUCAGACGUUUGCCUUGAGAUCAAAUUGAGCUUCUGCAAUGUAAAAAGCAAAAUUCUUUAUAAACAAAGAAAAAUCUGUGAUAUAAAAUACCACUUUGGUCAUUAAAAAAAAUAAUAACUUCACUUCCUUCCUGCCAUUUUCUGCAUCUUGUGUCGCAUUGUUUGGCAGAGCUCUGAUCUUGUUCAACUGUGUUUUACCAAGAGCAAAAGUCAAUGAAAUCUGCACUAUCCCAUCCCAACAAAAUUGAUUUACUGUCAUUUUUAUGUGCUGUGAUAAUUUUUUCCCUAAACUCUACAGUGACUGGAGAGGCAUCAUGUGGUUUAAAAGCUACUAUGGAGAUUUAUUUCCCAAUUUCAGCACAUAUGGAGAUGGAGUGGGAGGGGGGGGGGGGGGGGUGAAUGUUGCAUAAUUCAGCUUUGCAAGGUUCCUGAAGCUUCUGAUAGGCCAAUGCGCUUUAGGCUCUUGCCCCUGACUCUCAAGAAAGACUGCACCAAUUUCUUGUUCCCUUGACUCCUUUUUUUGUAAUUUUAAAAUGAAUGAUGCGUCUCAGCUUAGGCCAAUAAUAAAGCACAGUCUAGAAUAAA